AUGGCAAGCUGGUUCAAGCCCCCAUCUUCCACACUGGCGGCCCUGGAGAGCAUCCGUGACACUACGCCUGGCAUUUUCGCUCGGCUGAGUCACUAUUUUGAUCGCAGAGCCAUUGCCCAGCGUGAGGAUGACGAGAAGUUCCAGGCGGGAGAGCCGUAUGGCGAUCCUCAGGUGGUUUCCACGAGCCUAGCAGAGAACCUUCGCGCGGUUGGUCUCAAGGCCCAUCCUAAAGACCUCCAGACCAUGAUAGAGAGGUUCAGGCACAGAGGAAAACCCGUCAACGACCGACAGAUGGAGAUGGAGAAGAUGAUCGCCAUCACAUCUUCGUUGCCGCGCCACUCAACGACGCGCAAGAAGUUGACUGGUUACCUGGGGAAUAAUUUCCAGUAUCGAACAGCAGAUGGGAGCUACAACAAUCCUCUUGUGCCAGACUUAGGAAGAGCCGGAAGCCACUAUGCCAGAACAGUGCCAAAGAUCAAGUCGAUCCACGGGGUGCCUCCAGAUCCUGGGCUCCUCUUUGAUCUACUUAUGGCCCGGACGGACACCUCGUUUAAAGAGAAUCCUGCUGGCAUUUCAUCUGUUCUCUUCUAUCAUGCUUCUAUCAUCAUACACGACGUAUUUCGGUCGAACAGGUUCGACAGUGACAUCUCCGACACAUCUUCCUACCUUGACCUGGCACCCUUAUAUGGAUCAAGCCGUGAGGACCAAUUGAGGGUCCGAACGAUGGAGUGUGGUCUACUGAAGCCUGACACGUUCCACGAGCGUAGGCUCCUAGGCCAGCCACCCGGCAUCAACGUCAUUCUUAUCAUGUAUAACCGCUUCCACAACUACGUGGCAGACAUUUUGCUCAAGAUCAACGAAGGGAAUCGCUUUAGCCUGCCUCCAACAAGAACAGAGGAAGAGCGGAUAGAAGCGCUAGCAAAACAAGAUGAGAACCUCUUCCAGACUGCGAGGCUGAUCGUCGGCGGUCUUUACAUCAACAUCUGCCUCCAUGACUAUCUCCGAGGGCUCACAAAUACCCUCCACUCAACAAGCGAUUGGACCCUCGACCCACGCGUUGCCGUGAACAGACAUUUUGAUGCUGAAGGAGUUCCUCGGGGCGUGGGAAAUCAAGUCUCGGCCGAGUUCAACCUGCUCUACCGAUUUCACUCCACAAUUUCUAAGCGAGACGAGCGGUGGCUGAACGAAUUCCUACGGAGCCUAUUCCCUGAGACGGACAAGCCUCUGGACCAGCUCGCACCCAACGAUAACCCUAGCCCUAGCCCUAGCCCUAGCUCUAGCCCUAGGCGGAAGCUCAGCCUAUCUCACGAUUUCCAGGGAUUUUAA